CAAAAAAAAGUAUGUGGUAGCUAAAUAUAGCCACCAAAGGGCUGAAACGGCAACACUGUUUAGGAUGGAACUAUGCCUGAACGGCAUUUCCCUGCAGGGCCUGAAGGCAUACAGUCUGAUGGCGCUGUAAGCAGCCGAGUGUAGUUUCCUCAGUCUCAGGGCACUCUCCUUGAUAAAGAGAUCAAUCGGUGGCAUAUGGCAUUCAAUGCAUCGGAUGGAGAUGAUCUGAUUAACCCAUUAAUGGCAAGGCAGGCCGACAUUUUCAACAAACCCGUGAACCGGGUGAAAUAAUUGGGCGAAUCACCGCCUGGUAUAUACAAAAACAAAUCAUUAGAUCAGGAUGUAUUAAAAUACCAUUUCACCUGCGUGGUAACCAACUCUGGAUGAAUAAAGAUCUCAUUAAUGUAAGGUAAGCGGAAGUGAGUUCAAGGAGAUUAACAGCGUCUCUGAAAUCAAUUCAGAAAUUUACCUGCUGUAGAAAGUUAGAUCUGGAACCUAUUCCCUUACAGCUGUCUUGGUCAUGUGUUACGAAUGUUCACAAACACUGCAGAUCUGAAAGUAUCUGAAGGUCUGAUAUGUGAAGGAAGGUACAAGUCAAGAACGACUUGCCUCAUUUUAGUAGGGGUAGCAGAGAAAGAAGAAUCAAACUUGAUUUACAAGAGCUACCCUAACUUACCUACAUAGAUAUAUAUAUAUUAUGUAUAUGUAUAUGUAUCAGAAUGUGCUUUUCCAUUCAAUUGCUACCAAAUAAUAAUCAAUAUUUUAGUUGCACAGAAAAUUGUAAAACAAUAAAAACAAAUGGCAUGAACAAAAUGAUGGCUAAACAGCAACAACAAAAACAAUAAAAGAAAGAAAAACCAACAAACCUCAAAGAACAAAGAACAACAACAAUAAACUCAAGCCGUCGCUGGUGAAAGAAAAGCAACGUUAAUUAAAUAGUAAUGUCCGUGAGAAAAAUGUCAGCUUUGAUUUUGUACUCGUAAGCGAGACUCAAGUUGUUCAAGAAUGAAUGUCAGGUAGGUGUGCCAGACAAGCAAUACGGUGUAAAGCAAUAGCGUUAGAUCAGUUAAACAAAUGCUACGCGCACGAAACGCAGCAUAUGCAAAGGCGCUAGUGCAUUCAUAGCCAAAUCAGAAUUGCGUUUUUGUAUAAAUAGUACAGUGUUAUUGAAAGGUUUUUGUGUAGCAAAUAAGAUCGAAAACAAUAAAAAAAAAACACAAUUAGAGUGCAUUAAAAAAGUUGUAAAUUAUAUACGUUCAAUAAAACGACGAGUAUACCGAAAAUCGGAAAAUGUUGUCGAGCAAUGGCAAUCAAGCGCAGUAUCUGUAUUUUUUAUUAUCGGGCGCGGUGGCAAUGGCCAUUAUCAUACUCGCCUAUUUUUCAGUGCGCACAACACUAGAUUCUAAGCUGCGCGAAGACCUUAAUUCAUUGCAAAAAUCUUACUUCUACGUAAAACCAACAAAGUCAUGGCAAUACAACAACUCUUGGCGGCAAAUUGGCAGCAAAGCGAAUCAUUUAAUCUACUCCGCAUAUUUCGAUGACCGAUUGGAUGUGCUUGAUUCUAUCAUUGAUCAUGAGACCAGAGUUCCCAUAGGUUCCUUGCGCAUAAUCGCUAUAUUGCCACGACAUUUCAAGGAUGCUAUUACCUGCAUCAUCAGGUUCGAGGAUUUCGUCGAUGAAUUUGUGCCCAUCGGCAAAGUGGAGCCACUGAACGAGCACCAUGAUUACACAUUCGCGCCAUAUUCCAUUAUGUGUCCCCUUUAUGUGGAUCGUAACAACACUGUGCUGCGCUUGCCACAAGCGGUGGCAGUUUCCUAUCCGUCCAACAGACUUAGCCAGCUGAGCCCCACAUUUGUGCCCAUCAGUUAUCCCCGCGACUUACACCAAUUAUUUUCCCUUUCUCGCCCAGUGCUCUCAGUUUGUAUCGGUCCGCUACAACAGAACUAUUCGGAUGUUUUACGCAUCGCCGAGUUCGUGGAAAUGUAUCGCAUACUAGGCGCACGCCACUUUUAUUUCUACCACCUCUCCGCUAGUGAGGAUGUAAUGCGUCUGUUGCAGCACUAUCAGCAUGAAGGCAUCGCCGACGUGCUGCAGUGGAAUGUGCCAACUGAGUUGUUGCCUGAUGUACACUAUGCUGCCAUAAUGGCGCAUAUCAAUGACUGCGUCUAUCGCGCAAUGGUUGUUGAGAACUAUCGAUACGCAGCCGUGGUGGAUUUGGAUGAGAUACUCAUUCCGCUCAAACACAAUUCCUUGUCAAGUUUCCUGCGACAGUGCGACGAGGGACGCACUUCAGCCUACAUCUUUCGCAAUGUAUUCUUCUAUAAGUUGGACAGCAAUGACAGCUUCAGCCUGCCGGCGCACACUCGCAAUCGCUUCCUAUACACACAAAUGAAGGUGCGACGUACGUUGGAUAUUAUGCCUGCUCAUCAGCGUAGUAAAUGCAUCGUGAAUACACAAUCCAUCAUCGAGAUGGGCAAUCAUUUUGUAUGGCGUGAAGCUCCUGGCUAUACGGAGACGACUAUGCCCCAAAGUGUGGGUCUACUUUUCCACUAUCGCGACCAGUGCAUCAAUUGUAAGGCCCAACUGAUGGUAGACUAUACUGCGCGGCGAUUUGGUUCGCUUCUAUGGGAUCGGGUGGACGAGACUUGCGGCCAAGUGUUCACCGAGCGCGGUAUAUGCGAAGCGGCUUAGGGGGAAGUGGGGUAGCGUGAUAUUAAAAAUAGAAGACUAACUUACUUGAUUUCAGUGUUCAAAUUGCCUAUUUAAGACUACUUUAAGUGCUUGCAAAUUUUGUUAUUAUUUAUUCAACAAACAAAAAAAAAAAAAAUAGAUUCCAUAAAUAAAGUUAAGUUAGUAUUAAAGGUACAGUUUAUAGUUUAAUUAAGAAUUGUAGAAAAAUAUGUAAAUAUUAAGAAAGUAUAAAAAUCUAGGCAACUGUUUAUUUAAUAAAAUUUUAUCGAAUUUAACACUAAUUGGCUAUGUCCGUCGCAGAAAAUUUAUGAAUGAGAUUGCAAACAUGUUUGCCGCAAAUUCCAAACAAUAAGUGUCACUGUAAUGGAUAAUAAAUAUGUAGC